UCUUCAAUCAUCAAGUCAAAUUCUAAAUUCAAAAUAUGAUCAAAGGAGCCAAACGAUCUUUUUGGUUCAGGUAAUCUAUUGAUACAUUAUGCAGCCCACAAAAAGGUUUAAAUUAUGGCCUCCUGAAUUCUCUGCAACUCGUCCUCUUUUCUUCAACCCCACAAUCCCCACCUUCCCCACAUUCUGUCACGACAACUUCUUUAUCAAGAGUCCUGGUGUGGUGGCGUUGUCGCCGGAGAUGGAAGAUUCUGUUCGAUUGGUGGAGGCGAUCAUCGGUUAUAGUUUCAGGAGGAAGACGCUUCUGGAAGAAGCCCUCACCCAUUCUUCCUUCUCGGACAGUUUCAACUAUGAAAGGCUCGAGUUCAUCGGCGACGCUGUUUUGGGUCUCGCCACCAGCAACCACCUCUUCCGCGUUUAUGCCGACCUAGACCCUGGUAAACUCUCUCUUCUCCGCGCGGCUAACGUUAGCACUGAGAGGCUCGCUCGUGUCGCCCUUCGUAAAGGCCUCAUUCGCUUUCUGCGACACAAUGCUCCUUCUCUUCUUGACAAGGUAAGAGAGUUUGCGGAGGUUGUGAGUGAAGAAGAUGGUCUUGUUACCUAUGGUGGAUCAGUGAAAGCUCCAAAGGUUCUUGCUGAUGUUGUAGAGUCCAUUGCUGCCGCUGUUUAUGUAGAUCUUGAUUAUGACAUUCACCUAUUUUGGGGGAUAUUUAGAGGUGUUCUGGAGCCAUUAGUGACACCAAAUGAUCUCAAGGAACGACCACAACCUGUGACUAUGCUUUUUGAGUUAUGUCAGAAGCAGGGUAAAGAAAUUCUUAUAAAGCAUUGGAAGAAGGGCAGAAAAAUUCACGCCAGCGUUUAUGUAGAUGGAAAGUCUGUUGCUACAGCGGUGUCUGACCAAAAAAACAUUGCAAGGCUUAAUGCUGCCAAGGCAGCACUGCCUCUCUUAGCCAAUUCAGAUCCUGCCAAUACUGGUGUGAGCUUGUGCACUGAUAUUGAUGGCCCUUUUGAGAUCAAAAGCGCAAAGCAAAAGUUACAUGAGAUUUGUGGAAAGUUGAAGUGGCCUGAACCAGUAUACUGCAUUGAGAAUGAUAGUGGUCCUCCACAUGACAAGAAAUUCGUCUGCUCGGUUCGGAUAGUGACUGAGGAAGGUAUCCUCUGCAUGGUGGGAGAAGAGAAGUCAAGAAGGAAGGAGGCAGAUAACUCUGCUGCUUCCUUGAUGAUACGGGCCUUAGAAAUUGCUGAAUUCAAGUUCUCCUGACCUUGUUUCUUACAAAGUUGUCAAUAAUUGUUCAGAGAGUCAUCCAUCUUCUAUGUUGUAUAGUUAUAAAUGGUGGAACUGUCCAUGUGCUUUCUGUGAAGAGAAAUUCUUGCAUAGAUUAAGCGCUUCUCCUAUCCCUGCUUUAUCCAAUAAAAAAAUGCCAUGCAUAUGAUUGUAAAUAUAAAUUGAUUCUGCCAUUGAUUAAUUUGUCUCUCUAGUAUCAUCUAUAGCAGAAUUAAUUUUAUGUUUAUAAUCAUAUAACAGGGCAUGUUUUUAUUGGAUAAAGCAUAGGUGAUGUGGCCCGCCUAGUCCAUGCGAGAAUUUUUCUUCUGUGAAACCAUCAAGUGGCUGUUAAAAUCCUUGGAUUCCUUGGCUCAGGAUUCCUUCAUGCAGCUACAUGGUUCAGUGGAAGAGAGAUAGAUCAACUGAUAAAGUGGUGGGAUUUGCUCUAACUUAUGAAUCUUACUACACCUUUUGCCGGCCCAUGCAGCUACUGUAGAGGAGUUAUGCCCAACUGCUGUAAUGAUUACUUGAUAUUAAAAUUACUUGACUUUGUAGUGCAUAAACAACAAUUAGCAAGAUAAUGCGUCAAUCUUAUUCUUUUCCUAUA